AUGCCGCCCCAUCCAUCCUGCAGCACACGAAGGCGCGGCCCCCAAAGCGCGCGCAUUCCGCCCCGUCACGGUGACAGCCAUACUUUUUUCUCAUCGGUCAAAGGUAACACGGUGCGCUCGGCCGCGCAGCUGCAACGAUCCGUGGCGGCUCCCAGUCGCCGUGAAGCCGUCCGCUUAGUUAGACGGAUGGCGCGCAGA